AUGCGAUGUGACCUCGACGUUUGCAUCGUUUUCGAGGAUGAUGCGAGGCCGACCGAAGAAGGGCUCAGGCGUUUCCAAGAAGAGGUCGACUGCCUGACAAGCUUGGGCGUGUCCUGGGAUCUGGUCUACUUGCAUUCUUCGCUCUACUCCAAGGGAGAGGAGCCAAAGCUUGAAGGAUGCAACCUCCUCUUUGCAGGGCAUCGGAAGUGGGCAGGUGCUUAUGCCCUGUCCCGACGCGGUCUUCAGAGAUUGACAAGCAGCGGGCGCGAAACUCAGCCUACUCCGCACCAACACCUGCGAUAUAUUGGGGAGUUGUCUUGUGCUGAGACAAAGAGCUUCAGCUUCAUGCAGUUUACCUAA